AUGAAGUUCCCCAUUCCCCAAAUCCUGCUGGCCACGAGCGUCGCUGGUGCCUUUACUUAUGAGAGACUCGACAAGAACGACACGCUUCUCCUCAUUCUGGAUCUUCAGGAGGGUCUUUAUCAGCUUGCCCGCGAUUUCGACCACACCCUGUACAAGAACAAUAUGUACGCUCAUGCCGAGCUCGGCCGCGUCUUUGACCUGCCAGUCGUCAUGACCACCUCGGCCGAGACGGGGCCCAACGGUCCCCUGCCUGGCGAGUUUCUUGAAUGGUACCCCGACGCGCCACUCAUCAAGCGCCAAGGUGAGGUUAAUGCCUGGGAUAACGCCGACUUUCGGGAUGCUGUGGUCGCGGCCAACAAGUCCCAGAUCAUUGUCGCCGGGAUCACGACUGAUGUCUGUGUCGCUUUUUUGGCCCUCUCCCUCAAAGAAGCAGGCUAUAGCGUCUGGGCCAACGUCGAGGCGUCGGGCACCACCACGGAGCUGAUUCGCGACACCUCCAACGACCGCAUGCGCGACGCCGGCGUCAAUGUCGUCUCCUACUUUGACAUCAUCUGCGAGCUCAUGCGCGACUGGCGCAACGUCCCCGGCGCCGUCGAGAUUUAUCCCCUCCUGGACAAGUACUACCCCGUCUACGGCGUGCUGGCUCGGGCCCACCGUUUCGCCGUGCAGAAUGGCAGCGUCUCCGAGGCCGAGGCUGCGUUGCCUUGA